UACUCUAUAGGCGUCGAAGAGCUCAUGGAUGGCCUUCGCAACCUUGUCGUGUUCGGUAAGAUCCUCUACCUCGUAUGUGCACUCCGUCGACUUUCUGAUCGUAUAAGCAACUGCAUUUGCUCAUGUACGUGGGGUACACCUGCAUGGUCAUUGAUUCAGGCGAACGAACAUAUGAUGAUGCGACUCAUCAUCGAUUGA